CACCCCCAACAUGGCGUCACUUCCGGCGCGCCGCCCACUCCCAAGAUGGCGGUGCGGUCCUUCAUGCUGCGGGGUUGGUGCUCUCUCCUGAGGCUCGGUCUCCCCGCACUGUCCGGCUCCAUCAGACGCUGUUUUCCUGGUGGGAGCGGCCGCUGGCACCGCCUGGUGGGUGCAGGGCUGGGAGCCGCCCUGUGUGCGGUACCUGUUGUAGAGAAGCAGAACUCAGCUUCUCUCAGUAACGAUGCCUUGAUUAAAAGAGCCGUUUCUUUGGUAACAGACAGCACUUCCACUCUCCUCUCUCAAACAACGUACGCACUGAUUGAAGCACUGACAGAGUAUACAAAGGCAGUUUAUACGUUGGUGUCUCUCUACAAGCAAUACACAAAUCUUCUUGGGAAGAUGAACUCAGAUGAAGUGGAUGCAGUUUGGCAGGUGGUAAUAGGAGCCAGAGUUGAUAUGACAACAAAACAGCAAGAAUACCUAAAGCUAGAAUCCAGCUGGAUGACAGCAUUACGGCUUUCAGAGAUGGCAGCAGAAGCUGCAUAUCAAUCAGGUGCAGAUCAAGCCUCGGUGACAGCUCGCAACCACAUUCAGCUAAUCAAAUCACAGGUGCAAGAAGUGCGGCAGCUGUCCCAGAAGGCAGAGACCAAGUUAGCUGAAGCUCAAACAGAGGAGCUCUUAAAAGCUCAAGGAGAGGAAUCUUCAUUGCCUCAGGGUAUUUUAGGAAGUACAGAUGCAGGUGAGGACCCUUAUCUCCGGGAAGACUGACAUGAACUCUGGGGUCACUUUAGAAUAUGUGAUAAUCAAUCAGAAACUUAAGGGUCCCAAACAUUUAAGUGUUGGAUAGCAGGAAACCUCUGAAAUAAGCCUGUGAUUCCAUUUCCCUCCCCGUUAUCCCAGAUACAGAUCAAGUCAAUUCCAAGAAUCUGAAAGGCCUCGACCAUGUUUUAAUUAUGGAUUCAGUUAUUUAAGUGUUUAACUAUGCAACUGUGAAAAUUGCUAUCAACAAUAGCUUGUUAAUUUUGUCUGCUGGGAAGAUCCUAGCAGUGGUUUGGUAUGUUUGUGGGAGCUCUCAAACAUAGAAGCUAAGUAGGUAUCAACCAAAGAAGCGUAUUUAAGUUAUUCUUUUUAACUUGUGUAGUAAAUGAUGUCUGUUAGCAGAUAUCUUUAUUAAAUUGGGCAAAUUCAUUUCAUUCCAAGUGUGCCCACAUAGAUAAAAGAUUAAGUGCUAUUUUCUGUUUUGACUUAAAAGCUUGUAACAGACCAGAGUCUGACAGCUGUAUCUAAUUGCACUUAAUUGCUGUCAGGGGAAUUGUUUGCUGUAGAGCUGAAAACCUGCUAUGGACUUACCCAUGUUCCUCUUAGAGAAGUUUUGCACAGUUCAAUGUGACUGCCUCUUUCACCCAAGUAAUGUUUGUAAUGUAUCUGCCUUCCCCAGAAGGCAAAAGGAAGUUUGAUUUUCAGGGCACUGUGGUUACAAAGUAGUUGUGGAAGCUGCUGCAGAUUUUAUAAAACAGUAAACAAACAUGAGUUUUACGUAUUUGAAUGCUUUCCAGCAAAAGUUUUCAAGAAAAUGAAGAUUAUUUUCUCUUUCUGUAAUCUUGAUGUUUCACUACAGGCUUCAAAACCACAGGUGUCUUCCGUUGUGUUCAUUUUCUAACUUCACAGGUUAAUGUGAAACGAGCAGCAUUAACUGUACAAACAAUAAAACUUCAGCUGAGA